CGUUAUCAGCAUUGCUGGCGAAAUAGACGACAUUUUGUCCUUUCACACCUGUUCGGCUAGACAGUUGUGUUGUGUCGUAUGCUCGCCGAAAAUACACACUGAAAACUUUUCAAUGAAAUUGACGAAGUUUUUAACGCACUAAAAUCACUCAUACCGAGACCGAGUGCUGUCUGUGUAUACUUAUAUAUGCAUAUAUGUGUAUAAAGUUUCUCUAGCUAUGUUUUUGUGUCGGUGCAGGUGUAUAAAAAAACAACAUGCACUUACUAAUUAACACUUGUUUGAACUCAACUAAAAGCGAAUGCAAGUAAAACAAAUUAAAUACAUGAAAUUUCGCUGAGCUAAGUACGCCCAAAGGAAUAAAAUAAAAGAAAUAAACAAAAAAACGAGUUAAAGUGAAAGCGCAAUAAAAGACUCCCAUAUACAUAUUAAUAUGGGAAAAUAAAUGUUCCAGCUGGAAAUAUGUAAUUUGAUGCACAAAAAGUAAAACAAUAAACAUUUAAAUAAAUAAAUAAAUAACUUAAUAAAUAGAAGAACCCAGCAGCACAACGUGGCAUCGACAACAGUAAAUUCUAAGCAAAAGGAACCUUGAUCCAAACAACCACCGCUUAUAAAUUAUUUAAGACAAUCUACCAAAUGAAACUCGUUUCUGUCCAAAAAUGCAAUAAAUGCAAAAAACGCACCUAAACCGAAAUCGCAAACAGCAAAGCAACCACAAUAUACAUAUGUACAUAUACAAACUUUUUUCAAAGACUCCAAACAUCCUUCAAAAACUUAUCAAAGUGCUAAGCGGUUAGGAAAGCUGUCGUAAGAGCAAAGGAGAAUUUCACUAUUAUUUUAAAGUUUUUACUGUGAAGGGUUUGACUGCAGCUGACAGAGAGUCGCAGAACACUAUCGGAAAACAAAAUGUCGAAUCUGCUCUACAUGGAUGAAACGAAUUGUAAUGGCGUAUACGCAUCCAAAGUCAACAGUGUGACAACAACACUAACAUCAGCAAGCAACAACAUCAUCAGUAACGGCAACAAUAUUAUACUGGCAGGAAAUAUUAGUAUGAGCAAUAGUAAUAACAGCAACAACAGCACUGCUAACAUCAUAAGCAACACAAAUACAAAUAAUAUCAACAACAUUAACAUCAUGAAUGUGGCGGCCUCGACUGUGACAAUGACAGCAGCGGUUGCCAACGCUAACGCCAACGUCAACGUCAACGCUAACGCCAAUGCCGCCGGCACCGGCAUCGUGUCAGCCACACUACCCACAUCCGUGUCCAAUGAGGAUCUAAGCCAGAGUUUAUCGGAGUACACGGAUGCCGACGAAAGCAUAUCAGCACCGACCGAGUUUCUUGCUGAGUUUCUCUCAGCAGUGAUGCUUAAAGAUUACAAAAAGGCCUUGAAAUACUGCAAACUGAUUUUACAAUACGAGCCAAACAACGCAACAGCCAAAGAAUUCUAUCCGCUUAUAAUCGAAAAAUUACGAGGUGCUGCAGCCAGCGACAGUGAUGAAAAUUAUAAUAAAUCUUCUUCACCCGAACCAGUUUUAGAACUGCAAUCCUCGGAUCCUUCAGCAGGCGAAAGUGAUGAGGCGGCCUUUGAGGACCAACCGAUUGGUUUAAUGGACGAUGGGCUUGAUGAGUACGGAUUGCCUGAGGACAAUUGCAAUUCAUUGGGUGAAACGAACAGCCAUGAGCUGAAUGUGAGCAGUCAAAGUGACAGUAGCGAUUCCGCGGGUGGUAGUUUGAGUGAAUCAGUAGAUGAUGAAGUUGAGGAGGUGGAUGAUGAGGAUGUUGGUGAAAUCGAUGAUGACGAUGACGAUGACGAUGUGGAUGAAGAUGACGAUGACGAUGACGACGAUGAUGACGACGAUGAUGUGGAAGAUGCCAUUAGCAGUAGCGGUGAUGAUUUGCCAAUCGAUGAUCCAAAUUCGAUUGGCGCUGCAGCUGGCACCGGCAACAAUUCACUCUCAUCGCGUAACUCGUCGAGCGGUGGCGGUGGCGGUGGACGCAGUCGAAGCGACAAUACAACGCACUCCUAUUCGAGUUUGUUGCUCGAGGAAGAGGACGACAUAGCGCCGGUUAAUUUGAUAUUCACCAAAGAACUGUCAUCACCCGACUUGGAUGUCAGCAAUGGCAACAAACUGCCAUCAACAUCGUGCAGCGACUCUGAAUCACCAACGGAACCGUUGACGCAGCGACUCGCAGCAAUUUUGCGCUCCAAAUGUGGUGUGUCCAGCACUGGUGACAACUACUAAAGGUAGGGGAAAGGAAGAUAUGCAGGCUAAAGCAGGGACAAGCAUGCAGAGAUCGCAUUGUUAUCAGGAAGGAAAAUGGCAAACAAACAAAAAUAGCUGCAAAUGCAUACUAUGUAAUAAUAAAAUUUAUAUGAACCAUAGAUGAAUAUAUAUUUUUCAUGUAAUCACUUGUAUGUGUUGAGGUGUUGCAUAUGUAUCGGCGUGUUUAUAUUCUUGCAUAUAAUCGAAACCACACACACAAUUAUAUGUAUAUUGACCUUCGUGAAUCUAUUAAACAAUGUAUUUAUAGUAUGUAUGUAUAUGUAGCAAUUGUAUAGGUGAUUUUCUCGAUUAUAAACAGUUAUACUACAGUAUGUUACAAAAAACUGGUGCGACCCAUUCAAACUUGCCCGUCGUCACUCACAACUCCAUUUAGUUAUUGAGCUCUGCGUACAUGCAAAUAUAUAU